AUGAAAUAGCCAUUUAAUAAAUGCAACCAAUUCCCAAACUAAGGAAUUUAAUUGAUUAAUCAAAGUGGAUUCUAACGAAGACUUUAUUUUUAACAAAAUUAAGGAAAGGUUGAUGAAUUCAAAUUGAAUGAUUAAUAUACAUAGUAGAAUUUAAAGAGAAUAAUACAAUAAUACAAUAAUGAAAAAGUAAUUAAGGAUGAUCUCAUUAUAAAAGAAAAUUCACAGAGAAUGAUGGCUGUUUAUAUUCAUGAGGGGAUGUAGCAAAUGUUCGAAAUUAAGUAAAUGAGUAAAUAAUUAAAUGAAAGAACCAUUUUGAUGAAAGAUAGAAUAUUUGAUUGA